UUCAGCACCUCGCUCCGGGAAACCAGGGAGCCGCUGGUCGGCCGUGUAGUCUUCGCGUAGCAGUACAGACAACGCUCACAGCAUGGAGAGUGACAUGGAGAAUGACAUCCUGGAGGCCCUGGAAGACCUAGGGUACAAAGGAUCGCUGAUGGAUGAUGGUGCCUUGAUCCAAGCUGCUGCUCAGGGAGCCCUAUCUCCCGAAUAUACCAAGCUCUGUGCAUGGCUGGUUGCUGAGCUGAAAUUGUUCUGCAAACUAGAAGAAAGUGUAGAAGCCACUAAUAGCCCCGCAGAGGCAGAAGGGUUCCAACUAGAAAUGAGUGGUCUUUUGACCGAGAUUAACUGCCCAUAUUCAUCUUUGACAUCUGGAGAUGUUACUAAACGGCUUCUUGACAAGAGGAACUGCCUGCUUUUGCUAACAUAUUUGAUAUCAGAACUUGAAGCUGCACGAAUGCUCAGUGUUAAUUUGCCUAUAAAGAAGGAACAAGAUGGAGGAGGCAGCGAGGUGUUUAAGGAACUGAAGACUAUAUGCAUGACUUUGGGAAUGUCAAAACCCCCAGCCAAUAUAACAAUGUUCCAGUUUUUUAGUGGAAUAGAAAAAAAAUUAAAAGAAACCCUAGCAAAAGUGCCACCCAAUCACCUAGGAAAGCCUCUUCUGAGCAAGACAUUGGGGCCAUCUCAUUGGGAGAAAAUUGAAGCAAUUAAUCAAGCCAUAACCAAUGAAUAUGAUGUCCGGAGGAAAAUGUUGAUUAAACGUUUGGAUGUGACUGUACAGUCAUUUGGUUGGUCAGACCGAGCAAAGACUCAUUCUGACAAACUGGCCAAGGUUUACCAGCCAAAGCGAGCAGGCUUAUUAGGUAAAAGCGUAAUUUCUGUCGCUAAUCUAUUGGCAGCGCGACAUGAUCUCUCAAAAAUCCUGAGGACUAGCAGUGGAUCCAUCCGGGAGAAGACUGCUUGUGCUAUAAAUAAGGUGUUGAUGGGAAGAGUUCCUGACAGAGGUGGCAGACCCAAUGAAAUAGAACCUCCUCCACCAGAAAUGCCACCUUGGCAAAAGAGACAAGAUGGCCCACAGCAAGGUGGUGGUAGAGGUGGAGGGAGAGGUGGCUAUGAACAGUCUCAUGGUGGCCGAGGAGGCUAUGAACAGUCUUAUGGUGGCCGAGGAGGCUAUGAACAGGGAAGUAGCCGGGGAGGCUAUGAACAGGGAGGUGGCCGUGGUGGUUAUGAACAAGGUGGUGGACGAGGACGUGGUAACUAUGAUCAAGGAAACAGAGGCGGUAGAGGAAGUAAAGUACAAGGAGGCUGGACAGAUGGUGGUGGCAGUGGUUCUGGUGGACAUUACCAAGACGGAGGCUUUAGAGAUUCUGGCUAUCAAACUGGAGGCUACCAGAGUGGAGGAGGGUACCAAGGUGGUGGAUAUCAAGGAGGUGGUGGUGGAGGAUUCCAAGGUGGAAGUGGAUACCAGGGAGGCGGAGGAUAUGGAGGCUACCAAGGUUCAUCCUACUCUGGUAGCGGAUAUCAAGGAGGAGGCUAUCAACAAGACAACAGAUAUCAAGAUGGUGGCCAUCAUGGUGAUCGAGGAGGUGGCCGUGCAGGUGGAAGAGGAGGCAGAGGUGGCCGCGGUGGAAGAGGAGGCCAAGGUGGGGGUUGGGGUGGCCGUGGUGCACAAACCUAUAACCAAGGUGGUCAGUUUGAGCAGCACUUUCAACAUGGAGGUUAUCAGUAUAAUCAGUCUGGUUUUGGACAAGGAAGACAUUACACCAGUUGAAAUCAUGCAAGCUUCACCUAAGUAGAGCUCACGUAAUAGUUGUGACAACCUGAUCAGAAAAGGGUUUUUGUUUUUUUGUGUGUGUGCAAUUCCAUUGCUUUGAUGCACGUGUGAACAUAACAAUAAAAUUGUAAUUUCAUUGUUGCA